CUGCUAACAGGUGGUCCAUGUUGAUUGGUCGAACAACGGGACUAGAGAAGGUUCGGUCGGACAGCACGUGCGACCGGUUGCACAUUUCCGCGGAGGACGUGAACACGCGUGUAUCGUUCCGUCUUUUGCCUAUACGGAAGUCCACUUUACCGAUUGAAGGUCAGGCUAUCCGUAUCUGGCAGCAAAUUUGUCGCAAGUUUACACCGAGAGUUUGCUUUCACGAACGCGAAAUCUUCCCUAUUGGUGGUCCAAUACGUUCAUAGGUGCACGGGUGUUGGCUAUCGAUCCCGCUGUCCUGAUUUCCUGCAUGUUCAUUGGCGCCUCGGUUGCUAACAGUGCGUCGUAUGGUACAGUGCGGGCUCCGUUCGAUCAGUGCUGUGGCUUUACUGUUACGCUCAAGAUAUUUGUGUAAUUUUAUUCGUUUUAUCGGGGUGAUUUUUCCUCGUAUCAAGGACAAUUCACGCUUCUUCGUUUCUUCUUCGAAAGUGUCGGUAUCCUUGGAAGACAAUGGAGUCCUAGAAGAGAAAUCGUGUUCCCGUUCUUCCUAUACUCUUCAUCCUCGAUGGGCAGACUAUACGGCGAUCCAUUGACUGGCAAAGGAACGGAACCAGGAACGAUCGAGCAAGCUUAGGACCAUGGAAUUCUACGACGUGGGAAGCAGCGACCUUAGAGAAUUGUGGGAGUCUUAUCUCUCCGAACCGGCCCUGAGCCAGGACGUUCUAAUGGGGACCAAAGAAGAAGAAUGGGGCAAUCAUGGGUUGAUCGUGCGGGAUAAAUCCUCGCUGGGAGUGGUGUUGAGGGAUCGUUUGAUGACGGAUGCCGCCCUUGGAGGUCCACGACCGAUUAAGUCCGAGCACAAUUACAGCCUGUUGACGUCGAGCCCCCCUCCAAGCCCCGCGACACCCGGUGCCAACCCCCACACGCCUAAUUCCGGAUCGUCCGCCGACAGGGUUGGCGCUUCCCUCUCCGCAAACGGUUCCAACUCCAUCGAUUCUACUAACAUGGAUCACCAUAAAUCGUUGGACAUUCGAAGCAGGAUCGAUGACAUGGAGGAGGAAUGUUUCCCGGCGAUCUCGAUGAACACCGCGUCCGGACGCGACGACCUGUCCUCGUCGUCGUCCACGUCCUCUACCUCAACGAUUAUCCUAAAGAGAAGGAACAACAUAGUACCUGAAGACGUGGAGUGCAGUGAGAUCAAAGGAGAGCCGAUCAGCGCGCCUAGCAGCCCGUCGGAAUCGUGUCAAACGACGAUAGUCGAAGAAAAAAAUACGAUAACCAUGGUGUUUCCUCAGACUCUUCAUUUCUCCAAGAAUCACAUGUCGCAGACCAGCGACAGCGAGGAGGAUGACGAGGAAUAUUAUCAGGGUAUGGAGGGUCUGCCGCCGACGCCUCCGAGCAGCGCGAGUUCCGACAGCGAGGGCACCGCUUCCGCUUCCUGUUCGCCGGAACGCCGAGAUUCCCAGAGCUCCGCGCACGCACAGAAUCUCAGGGGCAUGCUCACGCCCAGGCUUUACAUCACCAACACCACGCACACCACCAGACAGCCCAUCCACACACCCUUGAUUUCCUGCCAACCGAAAGGAUCGACGGGAGUGUUAACAUUGACGGAAGAGGAAAAGCGGACAUUAAUCGCGGAAGGUUACCCUGUUCCAACGAAAUUGCCGUUAACGAAGCAGGAAGAAAAAUCAUUGAAGAAAGUUCGCAGGAAAAUUAAAAACAAGAUAUCGGCUCAGGAGUCUCGACGGAAGAAAAAGGAGUACAUGGACGGAUUAGAAAGACGUGUCACCAUGCUCACAAACGAGAAUUCCUCGUACAGGGACAGGUUGACAGCCCUCGAGGACAAGAAUCGCGAAUUACUGAAAGAACUUCAACGUCUUCAAGCCCUACUUCAGCUACAAAACUCGUAGACGCGAAAAUAAAUAUUAAAUUCUCUUCCCCCAAGUCGAAGACUUGAGUCAAGAAGACACGUAUUAAAUAUUAUCGCUCGUAGUGAUCCAAAGGAUUCUAUAAAGACUGGAGGCCGGAACCAGGGUCUCAGAACGUGUUCCUCAUCGUUGAAUUACGAGUGUUCUUUACCCUUAUAUAGUUUUACUUUGACCCUUGGACAAUUUUCAAAUUGUUAUUCGCUCGACUUCUUUCAUUGAAUCA